CACCCGCCCACCAUCAAAAGCUGACAUCAACCAUGCCUUCCUUCCCCGCUAGAUUAUUCGCCACCUCCUCCAGGCUCGCCGCCGCCCACGCCACCCACGCCACCCACGUCCCGGCUUCCAACCUGCCGCCUGUUCUCUACCGGCGCAUAGCAAAGCACAUCAGCCAGCUCCGUGCAGCUGGCGAGACUACACAGACCGUCUCCAUCCCCAAUCCCUUCCUCCUCCACCGCAGCACCGAGAAGGCCACAUACGCAGCUCGGGACAGCUACUCAUGGCACAAGCCUCAGAUCUCUCCCCGUCGUCAAAAACAACUCCUCCAAUUCUACCCUGCCGAAGAGCUCCCUGUCUCUGCACUUAACACCCAAUCAGAAAAGAGAUCAGUCGUUUGGGAAGACGGGACUAUCGUGACCUGGGCUGGCAAGGUCAGGGAAAAGACACAAAAGGUCAAGCAAGGACCGUAUGCGGGAAGGAAGAUCAUGUUCAAGGGCCACCUGGACGAAAGGAAGAGGCCGCAAAAGUUGGCAGAGAGGCAGGAAAGGCUGGACGGCAUGCCAAAGAGAAUAGCCGACUGGCGAAAGAACAAGGCGGACGAAAAGGUCAAGGGACGACCAUCAUUACCAUUCUAAGCAUAUAUGCAUUCACAUCUCACGGGCUUCAGUUGUCUGUUAUCCUU